CGUGGAUUCGAAGUGAACGUGAGUUUGUUUUUGUUCUCCACCGUUGGCGCUCUGCUGUCUUAACUAUCUUUAAUAUCUUUAGAAUCUCUAUAUCUGAGCUCUCUUCAGUUGAUUUACUAUCUUGUUGAUCUCCUUCCACACGCCAUCGUCACCGGGCAGGGUCAUGGCCUGUCUGGGGGCCGCAGAGCGAGGGGAGGUGGAGGAGAGGGGGCCUGAAGCAGGAGCCUCCCCCCAGGACAAGAGCAGGAAGAGGACCCGGGACCUGGAGGAGGAGCCGGCCGCCAAACGACACGAGUCGGGCCACAGUGUUGAGGUAGCCAGCCACUACAACAAGCUGCAGGAGACCGGGCUGGCGGCUCGCAGCCAGAGCAGAAUCUACUACAUGAGGAACUUCAACAACUGGCUGAAGAGCGUCCUCAUAGGGGAGACGUUGCAGCGGGUGCGGACGAGCAGCAGAGACGUGCGGGUCCUGGACCUCGGCUGUGGGAAGGGCGGCGACCUCCUGAAGUGGAAGAAAGGCCACAUCAAGCACCUGGUCUGUGCAGAUAUUGCCUCUGUCUCGGUGGAACAGUGCCAGAGUCGGUACAAGGACAUGACACGGAGGGACUCCCGAAACGACCAAACCUACAGCGCUCAGUUCAUCACUGCAGACUGCAGCAAGGAGCUGUUGUCGGAGCAGUUGAAGGAGCCGGGGGAGCAGUUUGACGUGUGCAGCAGUCAGUUCGUCAUCCACUACUCGUUUGAGAGCCAGACGCAGGCGGAGACCAUGCUGAAGAACGCCUGCGACCACCUGAAGCCCGGGGGCUUCUUCAUAGGGACCACGCCAGACGCCUACGAACUAGUUAAACGGGUGGAGGCAUCGGACUCCCUGAAGUUCGGUAACGAGGUGUUCCAGGUGACCUUUGACAAGAAGGGGGCGUAUCCGCUGUUCGGCUGCCAGUACCACUUCAGCCUGGAGGGCGUGGUCAACGUGCCAGAGUUCCUCGUCUACUUCCCACUGCUAGAAGAGAUGGCGCGGGGCUAUGGCAUGGAGCUGGUGUUUGUGAAGCGGUUCCAGGAGUUCUUCGAGAAGCACGUGAAGAAAGAAGAACACCGCAGCCUGCUGAUGAGGAUGAUGGCCCUGGAGCGGUUCCCAGGGGAGGAGAAGAGCGCGGAGGAGAAGAGCGACCAGUACGCCCACGCAGAGGAGCACCGCAAGGGAGACGCCGACCGGCCGCCCCUGGGAACAUUGAGCCGCUCGGAGUGGGAGGCAGCAAGUAUCUACCUGGUCUUUGCGUUCCGGAAGAAGUCCUAGUUGCAGGCCGGUGUGUUUGAGGGACCUUUGGGAGAGGCGCUGCUUAUGUUGUCACUUGUUUCUGUUUGUAUUAAAGAUGAGUCCGACCAACUC